AGCAAGAAGGUAUAUACACAGAUACUGACGUUGUAGUGGGUUGACAACAAUCGAAGUGAACAUAGAACAUUUUCGCUGUUAGUUCAGUAUUUUGUGUACGAAAGAAAUGUUCAACAUUGAUCGAUUGCCAAAUAAAAAUCAAAAAAAUCGUGCUAAUUCCAAUCGAUUACAUUUAAUUUGAAUUUUAUUUCGAUGCGAAAACCAAAUUGAUUGUUUACAUACGAAAAGUCAAGUGCAGUGAAUGUGAAUAUAUAUAUAUUGUGAUAGCACAGUAUGUAGCGUAAAAAAAUCUAUAAUGAUUCACCAGCCAGUUAAUUGACCCCAUAAUACAAUAAGUGUUCAUUAAAAAAAUGUAUGCGGUACAUGAGACGGAAUCGCGCUUUGAAAACUUUUGAUGUCAUAUUUUCAUGUUAAUCGCAGCAAAAUUGUGCCGCGACUAUCGAUGUAGUAGUCUAACGCUGUUAAAUUAAAUUGCAAUGCCACACAAAAUUUUGGUCGUCACUCAUCCAACAUUUCAUCAAAUCACAUUUGUGAAAACACUAUACUCGGUGCUGUAUAUUGUACGCAACAUACAAAAUGGGCACACAAUUUAUGGAAAAGUGUAAAAAUUGGAAGCAUAUUAAGUGGAGAACGAAGUGUUAUCAAACUCGAACAAUAUUAACGUGAACAAAAUUUCAAAAAAAAUAUUAAUAAAUAAACAUAAACAACCGAACAAAAAAUCAACAAAAUAAGAAGAAAAUAAACGAAAGAUUCAAACCAUACGAUGUUCAUUUGAAAAAAAAAAACGAAAAAAAAUAUAUAUUUGAAUAUUUGCCUAACAACUACCCAGUGAUAAAUGCAAAUGACAAUAAAUCGAUGAAACUGAUGGAACGACAAAUAGACAGACAAAAAAGAGAUAUAAAACAAAAUCUAGCAUCCAGUAAAACAUAUAUACAGCACAAAUAAAUGAAAUUAAAUCAAUGUUUAGAACUUCAUUCAAAUUAACAUAAAUUUAGUCAAAAUUAGUUUGUAAAUGAUUGUUAUACGUGAAAUUUUAAUGUAAUAAACAGUUAGUGCAACAUUAAAAGUGCCAUAUCAGUAGUCAAGUACUAUCUAAUAUCAGUACAAAAACACACUCACAGAGAUAGAGUGAGGGAGGCCGGAGUGCAAAAAUCAGAAAGCAGAAAACAUUCGAAAGGCAACUCUGGAGAGAUCCGUGCACGCCAGAAUAGAAUAAGAGAAAAAGGAAUACGGACGAACGAGCACAUCUAUAUAUACACAAACACACACUGGUGCGCGCACACGCACGCGAAAGAUAAACAGAGAAGAAGAAAACGAAAAGGAAUAGUACACAUAAGAGUCAUAAUAAUGAACGCAGCUAAAAAAACGAAAAUGCAGCUUGACAAUGGAUGCUCAGAAACUGGUUAUGUACGCAUCGCUUGGCACCAUCAACACCACUCAAUUGGACUCACAAUGAAAUUGAGGAAUGCUCUGAAAACAUGGAGCUUUCAAAUCAUCAAGAAUGUUAACGCCAAACACUGUGUUAGCGCUCUCAUUCUACUCACACUUGGCACUAUCAUCUACUAUACUCACUAUGUGGAUAAUUCCCCGUUUAUUGGCCUAAUGCACCACGAUACCCGACCAUCACCAUUGGUUCGAUGUAGCAUGAAUAAUGGUAAAACCGAUGAUAUUGAAGCAUCCAAAGAGCCAGAUCAUCGAUCUGAUGCGAGAUUACGUAUUGAUCCGAAGGUUUUAGUAAUUGUUGAAACGACAUAUUCACGAUUGGGCCGAGAUAUUGCUGAGCUGCUUGUUUACAAUCGGAUCAAAUAUAAAAUCGAAGUGGCUGGCAAGAAUUUGCCCGUACUAACCAAUUCGGACAAAGGUCGAUAUGCAGUAAUUGUGUUUGAAAAUUUGGAUAAAUAUCUGCAUAUGGACAAUUGGAAUCGUGAACUAAUCGAUAAAUACUGUCGUGAAUAUUCGGUUGGAAUUAUUGGUUUUGUUGUAUCGACCGAAGAAACAUUGGUCGGUGCACAGCUACGUAAUUUUCCAUUGUUUGUACAUACAAAUUUACGAUUGCGUGAUGCAAGUUUAAAUCCAGCAUCGCCAAUACUGCGAUUAACACGUGCCGGUGACACAGCAUGGGGCCCAUUGCCCGGUUCGGAUUGGGCCGUUUUUCAACAUAAUCAUUCAACGUACGAACCGCUUGAAUGGGCUCAAAAGAAUAUUUUCGAUUAUCCAUCAAAUGAUGAACAAGUGCAACCACCAUUACCAACUGUAAUCCAAGAUCAUGGACAUUUCGAUAAUAUUCAACGUGUUUUAUUUGGUAAUGGUUUAAAAUUCUGGUUGCAUCGAUUAUUGUUUCUCGAUAGUUUGUCAUUUUUAAGUCAUGGCCAAUUAAGUUUGAGUUUAAAUCGAAUGAUAUUGGUUGACAUCGAUGAUAUAUUUGUUGGUGAAAGAGGUACACGAUUGCAACCGGAUGAUGUGCAAGCAUUGAUUGCCACACAGCAACGCAUUGAAAGUAUUGUUCCUGGUUUUAAAUUUAAUUUGGGCUUUUCGGGUAAAUAUUUUCAUCAUGGUAAUCGUGAUGAAAAUUUGGGCGACGAUAUGCUAUUGCGUAACGUUCAACAUUUCAAUUGGUUUUCGCACAUGUGGAAUCAUCAGCAACCGCAUCUUUAUGAUAAUUUGACCACAUUAAUAUCGGAAAUGCAAUUAAAUAAAGAGUUUGCAAAAUCGAAAGGAAUUCCAACGAAUUCCGGUUAUUCGGUAUCGCCACAUCAUUCGGGCGUGUAUCCAGCCCAUGAUUUGCUAUAUGUUGCAUGGAAAAAAGUUUGGAAUAUAAAGGUGACAUCAACCGAAGAGUAUCCACAUUUACGACCGGCACGAUUGCGUCGUGGAUUCAUUCAUCGUAAUAUAAUGGUAUUGCCACGUCAAACAUGCGGCCUAUUUACACAUACAAUGUACAUCGAUCGGUAUCCGGGCGGUCGUGAUAAACUUGACGAAUCCAUUCAGGGUGGUGAACUGUUCCAAACAAUUGUCUUCAAUCCAAUUAAUAUAUUUAUGACACAUAUGUCAAAUUAUGGUAGCGAUCGCUUGGCAUUGUACACAUUUGAAUCGGUUAUCAAAUUUCUAAAAUGUUGGACAAACAUAAAAUUGAGCUCAGCACCACCGAUGCAACUGGCCGAAACCUAUUUUAAAUUACAUCCAGAUGAAAUUGAUCCGGUAUGGGGUAAUCCAUGUGACGAUCCAAGACAUAUCAAAAUUUGGUCAAAAAAUAAUAAGGGAUGCGAUUCGCUACCAAAAUUUCUAGUGAUAGGACCCCAAAAGACUGGUACAACGGCACUAUACACAUUUUUAAAUAUGCACCCGAAUAUUAUAAGCAAUUUACCGAAUGCCGAUACAUUUGAAGAGAUUCAAUUCUUUAAUAAAAAUAAUUAUUAUCGCGGUCUUGAUUGGUAUAUGAACUAUUUUCCAAUGCCAAACAAUAAUGUCAGCACAGCAACCACCACAACCACCGAUAAAAUGAUGUUCGAAAAAUCGGCCAACUAUUUUGAUGGCGAUCUUGUGCCGAAACGUGUUCAUACGCUGUUGCCACACGCCAAAAUUAUAUCAAUUCUUAUAUCGCCGGCGAAACGUGCCUAUUCAUGGUAUCAGCAUACAAGAGCGCAUGGAGACUUAAUAGCGAAUAACUAUAGUUUUUAUCAGAUAAUAACGGCUAGUGAUACGGCACCGAAAGCAUUGAAAGAUCUUCGAAAUCGGUGCCUAAAUCCGGGAAAAUAUGCGCAACAUAUUGAAAAAUGGCUUACGUACUAUCCGCCACAACAAAUUCAUAUAAUCGAUGGUGAAAUGCUAAAAUUAAAUCCAAUCGAUGUGAUGACUGAUGUGCAACGUUUCCUAAAAGUCUCUCCAAUCGUCGAUUAUUCAAAUUUACUCCGUUUUGAUGUAAAAAAGGGCUUCUUUUGUCAAAUUAUUGAUGAAAAUCACACAAAAUGCCUGGGCAAGUCCAAAGGCAAACAAUAUCCACCGAUGGAAGAAAGAAGCUUAAAAUUGCUUCAAAGAUAUUAUCUGAAUCACAAUAUUGCGUUGGUAAAAUUAUUGAAGAAAUUGGGAUCAAGACCAAUUCCACAGUGGUUAAAAAGUGAUUUGAGCAACAAACCAUAGCAUGAAAUUAUUGUGAAUAUUUUGAAAUUGUAAAUGUAACUUAUGCAUGUUCGGCGUAGACGCUGUCUAAAUAGCACAAAUACAUAUUCUCAUAUAAUAGAGCAGCUAUAAGUAUGGAAAAAACAACACGAAAUUGAACUAUUGAAAGUCUUUAUUGUACAAGUGAUGAAAACCAACAUAGAUUAUAUAUAUUAUAGAUAUAUGUAUACAUAAAUAAUUUGCAUUGUGUCGAUUGAUGUUAAUGGCGUUACAUUGGAGUACAAAAUGUAUGCGUGUAAGUGUGUGUUCCCGAAUUAAGCCAUUGAUAUAUAGUAUAUGUAGCAGAUUGAAAAAAAAGAAGAUUGAAUCAAUUGUGAAAAUUAAUUAAACAAAUUUAACCAAAAUUGUAAAUAUAAAAAAAAGAAUUAUAUUUGUAAAAAGAUUUCAUUUACAAAUUAUAGUCAUUAUUAUUGUGUGGCCUCACAGUCGGUGAGCAAUAUGCAUGGGCAUUCGAAAUAUUCUCAUUCAAUAUACAAAAAAAAAAUUCAUUCAAGCCCCAAAUUUUAUCGUUCAAAAAAUACGACGAAAAAAAUUGUUGUUGACUUCAACGAAUAAAGCAAAAUA